UAACCAGCAUAGAUUCAACUAACGCCAAUUCCGGCUCCGUAGACGCAUUUAUUGGCAGAAAGCAGCUCAUGUCCUCAUCAUAUUGCCAGCAUAAGAUAGGCAAAUUGUAAUCACCUACUACAAUCAACUUAUCAUGCUCCCGAGCCAUCGAAACAAUUUGCUGCAUACAAGUUGAAUGCAUCUCGUAGAGCGAGGUGUGAGUAUUCGGAGCUGUUUGCUCCAGUGCGCCGUCUCCAGUGAGAGAAACGGACGAGCACUUAAAAUCGGUUUUAACACCAAUCAGUACACCACCACCUCGACGAUGUUGACGUCACUUCGAUCGCAACGAUAGAGUGUGUAAUCGUUGGUUAGCUCCGAAUCAAAAAUAUCAUUUUUCAGCCAGGAAGGAAGCUUUUCAGCCAGUUCUCUGUAAAAACUAUCACGUCAUAAUCGCACGAAGCGAGAGCGUCAAAAAGAUCAUUUGUUUUGGUUCGAAGUCCUCUAACGUUUUGGUAGUAAAUAGUCAACGAACGUGGAUGAGGGGAAACGGGAACAUGGUGAUCAGCUGUGAUCGAAUUACAGUUUCGGAUUUGAUCGGAUACACUUUUGCUUGGUAGAGUGACGUCACUGUGAUGGGCUGGUCGAUGCGGUUGGUGGGCGAAAGAUGCUUCGUGGUAUUGAUUGCCCGGAAUCGAAUUCGCAAAAAACUAUUCCCUUCUGCCACGGUGAACGUUGAAGGGCCAAAUCUCUCAGAUGUAAACCAAUGCCGACUUUGAACGACACAAAGAGAUCACGAUGGCGGUAAAGCAACACGUUACGGAAACGACUAACAACCAACCUAAAUGUGAUAUGAAUAAAAUGAUUCAGCUCAUAGAAGCACUCUUGGCAAAACCAGAGAUCCUUUCGUCGCCCAAUAUGCAGAAAGAGGUUUGUGAAUAUAUCGUACAGCAACUGGCACACACACCCGUUGAAAGAGAAGCGUUGGAAAUUAAAGCGAUGAAAACUGAGAUUGGAAAAGUUUGUCAUUUUUUCCAAAAGUUACGUGAUAUGACUAAACAUGACAAUGACAUUGUUAGUACAUGUUUAAAGGCACUCUACAAGGCAAUAAUAUCCGAUAAAGAAACAUCGAACUAUGCGUCAGCGGUAUUGGUAUUGGUAGACAAAGAUAGUAUAAAAGAAGGCGUUAGGUUUCUGAUUGAUGCCGAUAAUACUGCUAUAGAGAAGAUAUUCAGAACACUAUCGCAUUGGCUUGAAACUAACGACUACGCGCCGGAUUUAUCCAUUUGGGUAACAGAAAUUCUUAUUGGUCUUCGAAAUAAACAAAAACACGAGCUAUUAUUGCAAUUAUGUCAAGGUAUUGUCGAAUCUUAUUGGAGCAAGCUAGCUAUUCCAAUCUUCCUAUCGAAGUUAGGUCCCGUCGUGUUAUGUAUUUUGAAAAUAACUCGACAUCAACCCAAGAUAUUAGAUUUAAUCGUACAAAAAAUACCUAAAAUACUCUUCUUAAUCAAUCAACGAGAGAAGACAUGCGAAAAUACCUCAAUUCUGUUUCAAGAGCUGGUGGACACUAUAUCAGCUUUAACACUGCCUUUUUUGCGUGAUCAACGUUACAAGGAAUUGGAAGAGAGUUUACAUGGAUAUCCCAGAUCAAAGAAUUAUUCCCAAUUAUUUGAUGUGCCACCUUGGCAGGAUACCUUACAAAACGUCAAAAUUACAUCAUCGAACGCUAGAGUUGGACUGGUCAAUCUAGGAAACACAUGCUACAUGAACAGCGUUUUACAAGCCUUAGUCAUGACUAAACAAUUUUGUCGCGAGAUCCUGCUGUCAAAAAUCGAAGCUCCGUUGUUUUUUCAAAUACAAAAACUUCUGGCUUUAUUGCUACAUUCAACUCGUCCCGAGUUGACACCACGAGCCUUGCUUGCAGCUGCCCGUCCACCAGAUUUUGCUCCUGGAUAUCAACAGGAUUCGUCAGAAUUUCUUGGCUAUCUCUUGGAAAAAUUACACGAGCAAGAGAAAAAUUUGCUUAAACAUCAGUGCUGCGACAGAGCUGUGGAAGUAAUUGGUCUGCCCACAAAAAUUGAUAAUCGGCUGACAUCAACAGUCCUCGAAGCAAACCAAACAAUUUACUCUGGUGCGAAACAGCUACAACAAACUAAUGAUCAUCCAUUCGACGAAUCGUUGCUUCCGCCUACGUUAAUACAAAAAACCUUCGAUGGGAAGCUUUAUGUAACAUACGAAUGUGGAAGAUGUGGUUCAAAGAGCACUAAUAAUGACGCAUUCCGAUCGUUUGAGCUAUCCUUCCCGGCUCCUAACAAUUAUGAAACAGGCUACUCUGUACAAAAAUUACUUGAUUUUUAUUGUUCAUCGGAAAAGUUGAUAGGCGAAAAUCGAUAUUACUGUGACCAAUGCAAGCAGCUUUGUGAUGGUGAGCGUUCAAUCCAGAUCCUGAAAUCGCCGAAGAAUUUAAUUCUUACGCUUAAGCAUUUUCGGUAUGACCAACAGAAACAUACCAGAGCAAAAUUGAUGAAUAAAGUGCGACACGAUGAAGUGAUAUCAUUACCAGUGAUUACAGAGUUGGGAAAUUCAAUAGUAGUGCAGUAUUCACUAUACGCAGCGGUAGUACAUGCAGGAACUAGUAUGGACUCUGGUCAUUACUACACGUAUGCACAAGAUGAACCGGACAGUUGGUAUAAGUUCAAUGAUAAUUAUGUUACUAAAUGUUCUGUGGAUGAAUUACACGCACUUUCUAGUCCAAAUACCCCUUACAUCUUAUUCUAUCAAAUGCUGUUUUCCCCAUUUGAUAAUAAUUUCACUACUAGUAGUUUAGAAAUAGACGACGAGGUUAUGGAUAAAGCAACUGAUAUAUUGAAAACAGCUCACAAUGUUCCAUUAGCCUCACCAUUACCUACAUCAGAGUGUCAGUUACCUCAGCUAGAAGAACUUCCACCACAUUUGAAGGGUUUAGUGCUCAAUGAUAAUCAAUCGUACAGAGAAGAAAUUCAAAGUGAAAGUCGCAAAAGAACUCAACGCCAUAACGACACCAGGGAUUCAGUAUUACCGAAGAAUCAUGACUCAGACAGCGAUGAGCCUCCCAGUUCAUAUACGGAUAAUUCUAUCAAGUAUAGCAAUCGCUUCAUUUAUUGAGAUUGCCCGAAUGAGUUUCGUGAAUUAUAUCGAAUGCAUGCAGUGUUGUCUGUGAAGGAUUGGACAGUUAAAUUCAAUGUGGAUGUAAUAUUAGUUGUAGCUUAAAACAAACCGAUUAUACUUUUUAAAACAAAAUGUGUGUUCCAUGAGGAAAGAAAUCCCUCAUUCCGUGUCUUUUGUAGAUUGGGUAACAUAAAAAUGUUGAACGUUGAACUAACUUUCGAAAGUGCUAUUUGAUUUUCGCGGUGCAAAAAAAAU